AUGUGCCAGUGUCUGGCCGAUCUGAUGGCGUCACUUGUGCUCACAGAAUCGCCAGAGAGGCUCCGCGAUCCUUCUAGGAAGGUUCAGUCAACACCGGCCGAGAUCAAAUUGGUCAUGCUGGCCACGCGCUGUCGGGAAACGGCAAUAGGCCUGCAAAAGAAGCUCCGUUCUCUACGGCUAGACGCUGAUGCACCCUCGUCCUCCCAUUCGAAGAUGACCAGUUUGCUAUUGGCCGUCAAACUUAAGAUGGGCAAUCCUACCGACCGGCUACAGAAGAAGCUGGAUGGGUACCGCAAUGACCUUAUGCUUUGUCUCAAGGUCGUAGCAUUCGAAAAGCAGUCGAGCGUGGCCAUGUACAUGGAGGAGCUAAAGCAGGCCAAUCUCAACAUCGUGCACGAUCACUCGGCCAAGCUGGACGAGAUGCUCGAGCUGAUCAGGCAACUGCCCGCUCAGGCGGGCAUCGUAAUGAGGGCUGACGAUCCAACUGUUACGCUGACGUCGAUUGCCCAGGCGCUUAAGACCAUUAAAGCUUCGUCGGCCCGACAGUGGAUCUGGGAGCACGAGAUCGUGCACAGCCUCUACUUCGAGUCACUGCCCAUCCGCCACGAGGCCAUACAGAAUGCGCACCGAAAGACGUUCGAGUGGCUGCUGCGAAGACGCAGUAGAACAAAAAAACAUGGCUAUUCCUACAACGCCUCCUCUACCACCACCUUGCUAAACUGGCUGCAGAGCGGCGCCGGUAUUUACUGGGUAUCGGGCAAGCCAGGCUCGGGAAAAUCAACGUUGAUGAAGUUCGUCGUCGGCCACCCCGAGACGCAAAAAGCCCUCAACUGCUGGGCCAAGCGCGCGCCGGAAGAAAGCGGUUGUAUCACCACAGCUUACUAUUUCUGGAGUGCGGGCACACGGCUGCAAAAAUCGGUCGAGGGACUGUUGCGAUCGCUGUUGUUCGAGGUUCUCGUCCAGGCGCCUGAUUUGAUCCCGGUGGCGUUUCCCAAGCGAUGGGCUGUCACAGCUGGGGAGGGAUUUCGGCGGAGUUCGAACGAAAUGUCCCAGUGGAAGCACUGGGGCGAGCCAGAACUGUUCGAAGCCCUCCGACUCCUGUCGCAGCCGACCUCGCCAUCGUCACCCGAGACUGUCCCUAGGCGGCUCUGCUUCUUUAUUGACGGGCUAGACGAAUACCACGGCAACCACAGAGAGCUUGCUCUAACCCUGUCAGCCGUGGCGUCAUUUGGUCAAAACAUCAAGGUCUGCGUGUCGAGCCGACCGCGGAACGUUCUUGAUAACACGAUCGGCCUGGUCGCAGUGACUCAGAAGUUGCUUGUUCACGAGCUGACUCGCGACGAUAUUGCCGCAUAUACGAACGCGACACUCGACGAAGACCCAAACUGGGUGUUGGAGGCCCCUACCAAUGCACGCUACGGACAGCUCGUGCGUCGCUCGCUGCAGGAGGGCCUUACCAACGGCGAUUCGCUACACAUGCUCGAGAAACGCGUCUACGACAUGCCGCAGGAGCUUGGUCCGUUUCUUCGGAAAAUCCUGAUGUCCGUACCGACUUUUUACCAGCAGCGGAUGGCCAUCUACUUCCACAUUGCCCUCAACGUUGACAUGAACGAGGAGUCGAGUCUGGUCACGCUCAUGCACCUCUCCUUUCUCGACGACUGUUUCGAGACUGCGCACUACGCCAGCAGCCUCCCUAUCAAGCCCAUGGAUAAUCAUGACAUAUUCCAGCGGCACAGUUCGAUGCGUCGUCGCCUUAACGCCCGCUGCAAGGGCCUGCUCGAGGCCCACCUGCACCCGCCUGAAACCCAGCCCUAUCUCGCCCAUCGGGUUAUACUUUUACAUCGGACUGUGCGUGACUUCUUGCGCACCGAUGAGAUGACCCAGUUCCUAGACAACCUUGUGAGCGGCCAUGACACCGCCAUGUUGAUGCUGAACGCCUGCAUUGCAUUAUUCAAGAGCAUUCCCCAGCCUGAACACUCCACGACGGCUACGCUCUUCGCGCAGGCUUUGUCUUAUGCCCGAAGGGCUGAGGUUGGGUCCGUUGAAACAGCUAUCUCCAUCGUCAAUGAGCUACUGCGCUCAGCACGCACUAUGGGCCUGGGUGGGUUGACCAGCCCCUCGGAGUUCACCAAACUUGUCGUCCACCAUGGGGUUUCCGGCUAUAUCGCUGCGGCUGUCGAGGCCCGUGAAGAUUACAUAUUGGAUGAGGCUAGUGUGCUCGACAUUGCUCUUCAGAAUGCUGCCUCAUUCAGGCCGGAAGUCGUCGAUAUGACGGAGACAGUUUCUAUGCUACUAUCGAGGCUAAAGGCAAAACCACCUAAAGAAAUGAUCUGCCUUGGUAACCGUGCGUGGUGCACCUAUAUGCAGAGUCUUCGGGCGACCGUGGCUCAGACUACAAGCCUAGACAUCGUCAAGCGUCAUAAGCGUAUCCUCGGUCUCAUUCUCCCCUACGUCGCUGACGUGAAUGUUGAAGAUGCAGACGCGAAUGUCGCUUGGGGUGGCUUCUUUGGGGAGAUUUUUCGUAUCAACGAAGUAUCACAGAGCUCAAUCAACGGUAUGCGCAUGCAAAUGAUUGCUGAGAUUUUGGUCCAUGGAGCUAAUCCCAACGCGCCAUACAUUGGUACUACCACCUGGUUGGACUUACACAACUACCUAUUCAUCACUCGUGGAUGGGAUAUCGAGUCGGACAAGAAAAGCAAUCACAUGGAGCGUCUUGCAAACAUAACUGAGAUGUUUCUAAGACAUGGUGCCGACACCAGCGACUUCCUGGAACUUAAAUAG